CGCGGGAGGGGAAUUUUUUGGAUGAUUUCCACGUGUUUGAACUUUGGAAACACCUAAAGUUCAUUUCACACCUGACCGCUCAACCGGGCCGACCCCCCAGUGGCAACAGCAUUAUCGCCCUUCCCACGGUGGCGGUGUACACCCAUCCUUUCGGCCAUGGACAUCACGUGCACGAGGGUGGAAUUAUGCAUGAGCAACGGAACGUAUAUCGUUCAUAGCGAGUGGGGGGAGGGGUCGGUCCCAGCUUUACAGGCAAUUCCAUCGAGCCAAUCCAGCGUGUGUGGGCCAACCUCGACGCUACAAUAGCCGUGAAUCCAGCCAAGUGCGGGCCAUGCUUACGAUCCCUUUCACCUACGACAACGGGGUGGCGCUGUCAAGCACAAGCGCGCAUCCACGGCCAGACGACGCUCGCCAUCGACCUCGAUGAUUAGCGCCUUUGUGUGGGCACUAAACAAAAACCUCUUGAAACAAAUACUGCACUUCGGGAUCCACAUCACAUAUUACCUUUCAAGGGUUUGAAGUACUCAAACGUGAAGAGCAUGGUGUCGUCCCAUUUCCCAACUCACGCGGUCUUUCACGUCCUCAUGUUGCGUCGCGCGGCGUCUCGGUUGGUAGCUCAUGGGCAGCGCCGUGCUUUGAAAAGCACGUUGGCCAGUACUGUGUCGGCCACCCAACCGCGCCCGUCGUCGGGUGGCGUCUGGCGUGCGCUGGGCAAAGGUGCGCUUGCUGUCGCUGGCGCCACGGCAGGUGCCAUCUACUACCGCAUGCAAAAGGACGAAGGGUUUUCCCGGUCUGCAUACUUUUAUGCCAAGGUCCUGCCUGCGUACGUCGAUUACCGCAUGACGCAAAUCUACGUCGAAGACAUCCUGAAGCUGCCCGACGCGGAACAAGACGUGUACUACGAACGGCUGCACAACCGGUACUCGGACGAGAUCUUCGACGUGAUCUUGAACCUGAAGGGGUUCUACAUCAAAAUUGCCCAGCUCUCGUCGACGCGGGACGAUUUUGUGCCCAAGCAAUACUUGGACCGCGCGAAGCAGCUUCAAAGCGACGCCCCAUGCAAAACGAUCGACGAAGUGAAGGCAAUCAUUGAGAAUGCGUACGGCAAACGAAUGGACGAAGUGUUUGCAUCGUUCGACCCGACACCGCUCGGUGCAGCGUCCAUCGGACAGGUGCACAAGGCGGUGCUCUUGGACGGGACGACCGUCGUGGUCAAAGUCCAGUACCCCGACGCCGAGAAAAACUUCCGCAACGACAUUGGAACGAUCAAAUCGUUCUGUGCGUUGGCGCAGCCUGCCCAUUUGCCCAUGAUGAACGAAAUCGAGAAGCAGUUCAUGAACGAGUUUGACUACACACGCGAAGCGGCCCACCUGGCCGAAGUCCGCGCCAACAUCCAAGCGAGUCCGUACAAUGCGUCGUUUGUUGUGCCGAUGCCGUACCCCGAAUUGUGCACGAAGGACGUGUUGGUCAUGGAGUACUUGAAGGGUAAGAGCCUCCUCGAUGGAAUCAACCAGCACUUCGAGAUCAUCGCAAAGGAGCGCAACACGACAGUCGAAGCUCUUCGCGAAGCCCAGGACAAAGAAGACGCCGAGCGGGACGCUCUCGGCUUGGCUCGACGCACGGGCCCUUCUGAGGAAGACUUACGACGGUACCAAAAGCUUCUCCAAGUGCGCAACGCGUGGACCUCCGCCAAGCAUAAAUUGUACGAUUACUCCAUCGGCUUGGUUUACCCGCGCACUGCGGACGCCGCUGACCACAAGCCCGAAGGAACGUUGCUAAACUUGGCCGAGAUUCUCCGCCUCGUUGUCGAAGUCCAUGGCCACGAAAUUCUCGUGAAUGGAUGCUUCAACGGGGAUCCCCACCCCGGCAACAUCAUGCUUCUCGACGACGGGCGCAUCGGGUUGAUCGAUUACGGGCAAGUAAAAAAGAUCUCCAAGGAACAACGGCACCAGCUUGCCCGGUGUUUUGUCGCGUUGGCCGAAGGCACCAAGGAAGACGUUGUCGCGAGCGCCCUCGACAUGGGCCUGCGCACCAAACACAACUAUCCCGACGUGUUGGAAAAGUACAUGCGCGUCGCGUUUGACCGGGACGACAAACAAGUCACGGAGGGCCUCAACAUCCAGCUCUUCAUUGAGGCACUGGAAGCCCGCGACCCGAUUGUAUCCCAGGCGGAUGACUUUGUCAUGGCAUCGCGCGUGUCGCUCUUGCUUCGGGGCCUCAGCUACGCCUUGCGGUACCCAAUGUCUCACGCCCAAAUGUGGUUGCCAUUAGCAAAGCAAGUGCUCGCGGCGGAAGCGGACACGUAAACGUGUUGAAUAGAAGCAAGGUAGAGGGACUGGCAAGGAUUGAUCAAAAUCGCAAGAGUUGGUGCACUCCGAGGGGAGAUUGUUGUGGAUGGGUGUCCCGAUCUAUUCCAUUCGCGUGAAAUUACACUAGGAACGAGAUACGUGUGUAGUCAACAGCAACGAUCCG